GUGGCGCGGCGCGGAGUGCGGGCGGCUGCCGUUCCCCUGGGGCCGCGCCAGCUCCGGGCGUGCGGCUGCUGCCUCCGCCGGGGAUUGGCAAAGAAAAAUCCUGCCAAGUAAGGUGCCUUGAUGUCCUACACGUUAGCUGACUGAAUCCCUGCCAGGCUUGGUCAUGCAACAGCGCUCCUGUUUCCUGAUAAAGUGAGUCAACUGACUGCUUACUGAAGGAACAAGCGCAUAGAAAUAUUAAUUCUCUGCACCUUGAGCUAAGUUGCCCCCUUGCUGAGUGAGGUAAACUCGCUGAUAGUGAGCAGUUCGUGCCCUUUAGACCUCAGAGGGUUUGUGGUUGAUCAGUACCUUUGUAAGCUAGUCUGUAAGGUGCAUGUUGAUGCAGUGUGUAUCUCAAAAGUGCAUGAAUUUCUGUAUUAAUCUUACUUAUCUGCUGUGAUUAUCCACUAGUAUAUAUGUUAAUGCAGUCCAUUGCAUGAUAAUGGCUAGUUUAGAAGGAAUCUAUAAAUUUUUAUUAGCUUUCACAUCUGUAGUAGAUUAAUGCACUUGUUGUGCAUGUUUACUGCUUGGUUCUAGUUUAUAUGUGUAUAAACAUAAUGUACGUAUACAUGCAUGUAUUGUUUUAGUACUUUUCUGGGAGAAAUGCCUCUGGGAUUACAUGCCUCUUAACACGGUGCAGACAUCUUUAUUUUUUGUUUUAAUAGCAAAUUCCCUGCUGGAUUUAUAAACCCACCUGCCAGAAAACAGACUUUGUAUCUGGUUAUUUGCUAUUGAAAUUCUAAUUGGCACAUCCGUGCAACCUGCAGACUCUGCCUUCUAAGGGAAGUCUCCUGGCAUACACUUUUCCAAGGCAAUGGGAGUAAUUUGCAAGCGAAAUGUCAAGAUUUAGUGGUAAAAAACAUUCAUUCUGAAGACCUGAUAACAUAUUUGAAAUGUCUGGCUGCAUACCCUGGAUUACAGGGUUAGCUCUGGUCCUACUGUAUCCAGCCUUUUAUUGACUUUUGCUUCCCCUAAAGGUGCAGUAAGUCCUGACAGUGAGAAAACAGCUACAAGGGUUUGCCUGGAAUAUUGCAGUGGAUCUGAAAGUGAGAUAAGAAAGAAUUGCUCCUGGGAAAAGAAGCUUCCCUGCAAGGCCAACCGUGAAGAUGUGGACUACCGUUGUAUUCUUCCUGCUGAUUUCUUUCUGUAUAUGUGAACACAGGUUUUCUGUCCUGAAAGGGAGAGGAGUCCAUGUAGUGCGAAUAAACAUGCUUACAACUGAAAAGGAGUGCAGGCAGGCUUGUCAAAGCCUGGGUGCUUCAGGUAACCAUCACUGUAGUUGGUCUGUGCCCUACCAGAAUUAUUGCAUCCUCUUGCAGUGUCACCAGCUGAGUGUGUGCCAGAAUGCGGGAGAACAAGACAUCAAAGAUCUGCUUGGAGAAAUUGCCGCUGGGAAAAGGGAAACAAUCCUGUUUCACCACCAAAGCUACCCGCAGAAAAAGAGGAGGAUCGUGAAUGCGCACGUUGACCGAAACAACGUGGAAAACCUGUCCUCCUUACCUGCUCAGACUCGCAAGAUUCACUCAAGGCAUUUGCUUGAGGCUGAGAGUGGAAAUAUAACAACAAAUGCAAGAAAAACAUUUGCAAGCAAUGCUACCACCACCAUAGCAACCACCACCACUGCCACAGACAUAACAACAAAUGUUAUAAAUGCAAGUGUCCUCACUUCAGCCUAUGAAACAACUGCUAAAGCCUCAACCACCCAUGGAGUUCCUAGUCAUCUUGCUAUAGCCAUGUCAUCUGCUGUAUCUUCUCCCACAUCUGGUAACAUCUUUGCUUCCACUUCCAGCCAUGUCACCAAGCGUGUGACCACCACUGAGAAAUCAGGAAAUAGUAGCUCUGUCUCAGUAUUGUCUGCCACUUCUGCUCUCCUCACUGUCACUUCAGGUACUCCAAUGCCUCAGACAGAGCAGUUUAACCCGGCCAUCACCACCACCAGCACUCCCCACUCUAGUAGCCCUGCCGCUAGUGGAGCUGGCCUGAAGACACUGAGCACAACACCGGCCACCCUCAUCCCGCCAGAUGUAGGAACAUCUGCUGCUACUUCCACUCAUGCCAUGGCAGUUACCCCCCUAGAGAGUUCUCACUCUGCAAAUCCACUGCCUAUUACAUUGCCAAAUCUAGAUUCAGAAGCAAGUACAACUACAACAUCCUUGAGUAAAUCAACUUCUCAUAUGGGCUCUACAAGAAGUGCCACAGUUUUAACUACUGCCAAUAUAGCAGAAACUGUGACUGGGCAUGGGAUAAAGUCAACAGCUCACAUUUUUUCAACAGCCACUGUUCCAGCAGAUGCACCCAAAGCAACAGUUUCGGGCCUUGCAGAAACUCAGGACAUGGACAAUGAGUAUCUUCUCAUUGCAGCCGAGCCCCUGACACAGUACUUGGUGGAUAAAAGUUUGCUUCUUGCAGUGCUUUUAGUUGGUACGUUUUUUUUCAUAACUGUUAUAGUUCUUUUCCUUAUGCAGGCCUACGAGAGCUACAAGAAGAAGGAUUACACACAAGUGGAUUACCUGAUCAAUGGAAUGUAUGUGGACUCUGAGAUGUGAAAGGGUAGGGAUAAAACAGUGGGCAGAGAGAUGGAAAGGAGAUUGAAACCCUGCCUGACUUGUUUUUCUUUCCUAUUUGCCUAUAACACAAACUGAAAGUGCUUCCAAAUUUACUUGUAGUGCAAUUGAGGAGAAAUGCCAUGUACUGUAUUAAGAAAAAAGUUAUUUUUUAUUCAACUGUGCCACAGGUUGCUGUAAAAAUAAUUUUAAAAAGAAGUAUUAAUUUUUAAAACUUCCAUAAUGCACAAUAGCUUUGGCUGUUAUUUUUCAUUGCAAACCAUACCUCACAAGGGGGAAGCCAUCAUCCUUGGAACAUGCUGUGGCACUUUCUCAACUUUUUACAGUGCAAGUUACUUGUGUUUUAUUUGUUUCACAUGGGCUGCUCUGAAAACAGAGCAAAGGAUGCUCUCACCUUUUGUGAAGCGCUCUGAAAUCUCAAGAUGAGAAGUGCGGAGUAUUGCUGCAACAGGGAACUUCUAAUCCAAUGUGUGUCAUGUUUCAGUAUGCCUCUUGCUUGUAAAGAGGUCUGUUUACAAGCCAUUGUGAACUCUGUUUACUGCUAACCCAAGAUAUCUUUUAACCAUGGAGCGGAUUAUUGUGCCUCUGCACUUAAAUGAUCUUAUUUUUGUAUUCACUUAAUAAAUGGGGCCCUGGAAGGGCAUAUCUUG